AUGUAUGUUUCUGCUUCUAAUUUUAAUGCUUCUAUUAAUGAUACUAAAAGGAGCUGUAGACCUUUAUUAUUUCAGCUGUUUUGGUCACCAGAGGUUUAUAUUAUUUUACCUGCUUUUGGUAUUAUUAGAGAGGCUAUUUUGCUUUUAACUGAUAAGGAACGUUUGUUUGGUCAGGAACUUCUGUUUGAGGUCAUCAUAUGUAUACUAGCUGCUACAAUAAUUAUUGCAGUCCCCAGAGCAGUAAAGGUAUUUAAUUGAUU